UUUGGGUGCAGCAUGCUUUCGCCCGAGGCCGAGCGCGUGUUGCAUUACCUGGUGGAGGUGGAAGAACUCGCCGAGGAAGUGCUGGCGAGCAAGCAGCAGAUUGUGGACCUGGACACCAAACGGAAUCAGAACCGGGAGGCCCUGAGGGCCCUGCAGAAGGACCUCAGCCCUUCUAAUGAUGUGAUGGUUUGCUUCGGAAGCAUGUUCAUCAAGAUGCCUCACCCUCAGACGAAGGAAAUGAUUGAGAAAGAUCAGGCUCAUCUGGAUGGAGAAAUCGAGAAACUUCGGAAGCAACUUAAAGUCAAGCUCAGCCGCCUCUAUGAGGCCCAAGGCAGACCGGAGCUGAAGGGCUUUAACCUGAACCCCCUCAACCAGGAUGAGCUCAAAGCUGUCAAGAUCAUCUUGAGAGGAUGA